UGCCAAAGUGCUUCAAUUUCAAGAUCUUUGAAUACUUUUUAGUUGAUUCAUCUUUCUCUCAUGCACACACAAAAGUGAAAAACACAGUACACAUGCAAAAUGCUUUAACAUUCCUGAGGGAUUGUCCCAAAGCUUUGACAACCGCUACCUUGACAGAGCAAUGAGUAGGAAACUAAACAGAUCCCAGAACAAUGACUAAGGAUCAAUCAGCACAACUUUGGGCCCAUGUUUCAAACCUGUUCAGGUUCUAACCCAAACCCAAAACAAGAAACUAGCCCAUGGGGCCAUGACUGCCCCUACCCCACCAUGGAAGAAAUGCUCCAUGCGUAUUUUUAAGGCUUCAUGUUGAUGAUAUAGUAGGAGAUUGAAGUCGGUAACGCCUGUCUUUAUCAACCGGACCCGUCACUCGUCCGUCAAGCAUUCCGCUCCGAUCUCUUUCAUCAGCAAGCUUACAGGCAGGAGCUUAUUAUGCACAUAUCAAGGAAAUUCAGCCUGUCGUCUAUCUGUUAAAUUUUAUAAACUGGGUAUUGUUUACUUUGUAGUAUACACUAAACCUGGCACAUAUGCUUGCAAUUUAAUGGGGUUUAGUUCAUCUUUUGAUUCCCUUCAUUUGGUUUCAAUCUGGCCUUCCAACUCUGCACCUCAAAUGGAAUCUUUGUUUUUACUGUCAUGCAGGUAUUUACUUAAAGCAAAAAUGUCACAAGCAAAUAAUGUUGAGGAUGUAAAGCAGAAGGAGGUGGUGGAUGACAGUGAAAAGAAUCAAGUUGAUGAUGACAAGGCUGAUGAUCAAAAAGAUCAAAUUUUGGGUGAUGAGGGUGGUGCUGUCAUACAAGAAGAGGUGAAAGAUUCACAUGAAAACAACAAAAGUCCCAUGCCCUCAGCCCUACAGGAGGAAGAAGCAAUCAAGAAAAAGUAUGGAGGACUAGUACCUAGAAAACCUCCUUUAAUAUCCAAGCACCAUGAACGUGCGUUCUUUGAUUCUGCUGAUUGGGCAUUAGGAAAGCAAGGAGCACAAAAGCCUAAAGGACCACUUGAAGCAUUGCGCCCAAAAUUACAGCCCACCCCACACCAGCAGAUGCGUUCAAGACGCUCAGCUUAUGCACCUGCAGAUGAUAGUGAAGGAGAUGAUGGCAAUAACACAACUUCAUCUGCCGAGGAUCAAAGCUGCAGAUUGGAGGGUGACAGUGGCGACAACGUUUCAAAGGAGGAUGAGACACAUGACAUGAGGAUGUGAGAGAGCUUGGUUCACUUUUAGAUUCAGUGGUGCUUUUGAUGAACCUCAUGAACAUGCAAAAUGUUUCUUUUUUGAGAUUUUUCUUCCUGGUAGAAACUGGGGGUUGGUAAACCCUGUAUAUUUAUUGAUAAGCAUACGAUGACAGCGUCGAGCUUCAUCAUUAUAAGCAUAAGAACAUUCCUUCGAACCUUUCUUGUUGGAGUCAUAAAUGAAGGAGUUACUGAUUCAUUUUAUAUA